UGUUGCGGAUACACGGAUUUCUUAUUUGCUUGCGUUUUCUUUGUUUGCAGUAGGUUACAGUCCGAUUUUGAAACUUCAUUAGCAAUUCUGAAGGUAAAUGUCAUCUUGAUUUUGAAUAAUUAAUAAAAUCGGUAAUCGAUAUUAAGAAUUUUUUGAGAUAUAAAAAAGAGCUGGGUAUUCACUCACUAGCAAGAUGGUUUAGAAGCGGAAGAAAAAUAUAAGAAUAAAGUAAUAUUUAAAUGAAGAUCAAAACGAAAGACGUAAAAAGUUCAAGAAUUUUGGAAGUCAACUAAUAACGUUGGUACCCACUUUAUUUAGCAAAAAAAGAACUAGUGCAACAUGGUAGUCAACCCAGCAUUUGAGACCGAAGAGGCUGCGACCCCGGGCGGAGGAGGAGGCAGCCAGGAAGCCCCGGACACAAAGGAAGGGGACGAGGCCGAGCCAAGGCCGUCGGACCUGCUGUUCCGCGUGGACGAGGCUCCCCCUUGGUCCAUGUGCCUGCUCCUGGGGCUGCAGCACUACCUGACGAUGGCCACCUCGUCCAUCGCGAUCCCCUUCAUCCUCGUCGGCCUCCUCUGCAUCGAGGAGGCCGACCCCAAAGGACACCUCAUCUCCACCAUCAUCUUCGUGUCGGGCAUCAUCACCCUCCUGCAGACCACGCUCGGAUGCAGGCUCCCGAUCGUGCAGGGCGGCACCACCUCCUACCUCAUCCCGACGAUAGCGAUCAUCUCGACCCGCUACGAGGCGUGCGAGGCCCUGCCCGAGGACCUGACGGAGGCGCAGCGGCGGGAGGUCUGGCAGGAGCGCAUGAGGGAGAUCCAGGGCACCAUUGCCGUGUCGGCCGUCGUGCAGGUCCUCGUCGGUUUCACGGGGUUGAUCGGCCUCCUGAUUGGCUGGAUCACGCCCCUGGUCAUCACGCCCACCGUCACCCUGGUGGGCCUCUCGCUCUCCGAGGUCGCGGCGCAGAAGGCGGCGCUGCACUGGGGCAUCUCGGGAACGACGAUGGUGCUGAUGGUCCUGUUCUCGCAGUACCUGAGGGAGGUUGGCAUCCCCUUGCCCACCUACAGCAGGGCCAAGGGACUCGCCUCCGCCAGGCUGUAUGUGUUCAAGCUCUUUCCGGUGCUGCUGGCCGUCCUGGCAUCGUGGGCGCUGUGUGCUGUCCUGACCUCCGCGGGCGCCAUCCCCGAGGGCAGCAGGGCGCGCUCGGACGCCGCGACGGGUCUCGUGGCCAAGUCGCCCUGGUUCAGGAUUCCCUACCCGGGGCAAUGGGGUCUGCCCACAGUAACUCUCGCAGGGGUGUUGGGUAUGCUAGCGGGGGUUUUUGCGUCCGUCGUCGAGAGCGUUGGAGACUACUACGUUUGCGCACGGUUGGCGGGGGCUCCUCCACCUCCUAUCCACGCUGUCAACCGAGGUAUUGGCACUGAAGGACUCGGUUGUCUCCUGGCUGGCAUCUGGGGCACUGGCAAUGGCUCGACCUCCUAUGCUGAGAACAUCGGGGUCAUCGGCGUCACUAAGGUAGGCAGUCGCCGUGUGGUACAGUAUGCUGCUGUGUACAUGAUCGUCUUUGGGAUGCUGGGUAAAAUUGGAGCAAUAUUUGCCAGCAUCCCCGAGCCUGUGGUGGGUGGGGUCUUCUGCAUCAUUUUUGGCAUGGUGGCAGCGGUGGGAUUGUCUUCGCUGCAGUUCGUUGACCUGAACUCUUCCAGGAACCUCUUCAUCCUAGGGGUGUCUAUCUUCAUUGGUCUUGCGCUGCCUAAGUGGCUGCAGACUUCUCCUGGAGCUAUACAGACGGGUUCUGUCAUCCUCGACCAGCUAUUGUCGGUGCUUCUUCAAACGUCCAUGUUCGUUGGAGGUUUCUUGGGCUUCCUUCUUGAUAAUACAAUUCCGGGCACUCCUGAAGAAAGAGGUCUCCUGAAGUGGAAAGCUCAGAUGGAAGUCUCGUCGUCUGAUGCCCUUGGAGGUCGCGCGUUCACCUGCUACGAUCUGCCCUUCGGCAUGGACGCUGUCAGGAGAGCUUCUUGGACUUCCCGCCUUCCCUUCUCCCCGACCUUCAAGGGAUUCGCCAGAAGAAGAGCAAGCCAGCAGGAUCCUUGAGUGGAAAGACGUUUUACCAUUAUCUAGUGUUUUUUUUUUUUUCUUCUUUUUUCUUUUUUUUUUUUUUGUUAUCAUUUUUUAAUGCUGAAGGUUUAGCAUGUUUACAUGUUAAGAAUUCUAUCAAGUCUAUUUUGUUAGUGUUUAUAUUUGUGUGGGUUCAUGUGACUGCAGAUGGAUUAAGUAUAUGCAUGUCAUAUGUGUGUUGUGAUAACUACGCAAGUUUUAAUAAAAUUGUUAA